CGAUUUCCUCCCUCCGCUUUCUCCCUCCAUUUUCUCCCUCCAUUUUCUCCCUCCACUUUCUCCCUCCAAUUCCUCACUCGGUUUUCUCCCUCCAUUUUCUCCCUCCAAUUCCUCACUCGGUUUUCUCUCUCCAUUUUCUUCUCGUGAUUCCUCCCUCUUAACACUUGUUAUGGGCCCACAAAAAACUGCUCGACGGGCACUUUCUCAUGAAGAAGCAUGGGAUAUGAUUAGGAGCGUGGGCUACGUUCGAUACCGACAUAAACGAAAUAGCGACAAACCAAGCAAAGAAGCUGUAUCUCAACGCGGAAUUGAGAAGCGAAAGAAGUUAAACAGACGUCUAUAUGAGAUACAUGCAACGUGCUGUCCGAAUGGAGAACGCGCCUGGUCCUUGCUAUUAAAAAAACUGGAGCAGGAGAAGAAUGGGCCAGUGCUGAAUAUUGAAAACGCUAUAAGUUAUGAACAUGCGUCACUAAAGGGCAUUGCAGCCGUAUUCGAAACGGAUUUCUGUGACAUGAUUAGACGAACCUCGAUUCGGAUCAAGGAACAGUUCAUUUCUGGAGCAGCUGUGACAAUGACAUUUCCUCGUUGGAAUGAGAGCACCUGUACUCUGAUCAUUGACAUAGCGAAGGGAGCAAAUGAUCUUGCUAUGGCUCUUUUUGGAAUCACCUGCGAACUGGUCGGACACAAUAGGCACAUCAUGACCACAGAUGGACUUAGUUUGAUUCUGCCUGCCACAGAUAUCACGCUGAAGGGGGCCAAGCAGCAAGCUAUUAUAAAGGUCUUGGGCUCAAGAAUACUAGAAGCCUUGAAUGACUACCAGCAAGGCAGCUCGGCAGAAGAGAAGUUUGAGAGUGUAUCUAUGACUGUCCGGGGGCAGGAUGCGAGUUGCGAGGUUGCCCUUAACCCAUCGCGUGCCGUUCAAAUAGCCAAAAUGUUAUAUAUUUAAGAAUCGACCACUUUGACCUUUCCGUCGGUGAUAUACAGGCUGACCUUUGGCUUCAAUUUUCCUUUUCCAGACUUAGUUGCAGUGAUUUUGGUUUUUAUUUCUCGACCACUGUCAUCGAUUUCGGAAACAGUGACGAAGCUGUUUUGCCAGUAGACUGUCUGCAUUCUUUCUGUCCCAUCCACGACUAGCACUUUGUUUUCGGCAACAUCGUCGAAGAAAUCGGGCGCUGUGUCCAAAGGCUCUAGGUCGAAGUAAAUAAAUCCCUGG